AUUUGCGAAAGAGAGAGAGAGAGAGAGAGAGCUCGGCGGCGGUGGCGGCGGCGUCAAUGGCGAACAACGGCGAUCAAGAGGAGUUCUACUUGCGAUACUACGUAGGGCACAAGGGGAAGUUCGGCCAUGAGUUCCUUGAGUUCGAGUUCCGCCCUGAUGGGAAACUCCGCUAUGCCAACAACUCCAACUACAAGAACGACACCAUGAUUCGCAAGGAGGUCUUCCUCACCCCCGCCGUCCUCCGCGAGUGCCGUCGCAUCAUCGCUGAUUCCGAGAUAAUGAAGGAAGAUGACAAUAACUGGCCGGAACCUGAUAGGGUUGGUAGGCAAGAGCUGGAGAUAGUUAUGGGCAAUGAGCAUAUCUCCUUCACCACCUCCAAGAUUGGAUCCCUUGUUGAUGUGCAGAGCAGCAAAGAUCCAGAAGGACUUCGCAUAUUCUACUACCUUGUUCAGGACCUGAAGUGCUUUGUGUUCUCCCUGAUCUCGCUGCACUUUAAGAUCAAGCCCAUCCAAUCCUGAACUUCUUCUAAUCAAUAUCUUUGCUCAUGUUCUUUGGUUCGAACUCUUCUCUGUUUAAUGGAGAGCAUUGAGUUAAGGUACUCAAUACGUGAGCGUAAAUACAGUUAAAUGGCUAUCGUAUUUUCUGACUUGUUGACUUUAUAACAAAGUAAUUCAUCUAUGCAGGUGAUGAGCAUCAUACAUUUGACUAUCAUGCUUGGUGAUGUAUGAGAGUGAACAGAGUUAGUUUUAUUUGCUCAUCUGGUUAUUGUGUUUACAAUUUUAUAUAUAUCUUUGGUGUUUUGUUUGGAUGUCAGCUUGUGCUAUCCUUGUUUGGAUUGGUUAAUACAUUCAUCAUUGUUCAACGUUA